AUGAAGGAUGAGAACAAAGAUAUGAAUAAGAAGCUCUCGCUCAAUGCCCUUUUUUCAGGAGACUUCUACACCAGUGCUCAAAAUUAUUCUAAUGUUGGUGGUACUAGUGUACCAAGUAGAGGAAACUUUAGCCAGAUAUACUCCACUAUAAACAUCUCAAAUUUGAAUCACUUAUCUACUUCCCCAGAAAUUUCAAGCACCUUGGAUAGCAGCAUGCAAUCCUUAGAUAUAUUAACCUCAACAAGAUCAUUAAGUGAGGAGUUCUGUCAACAUUCACAAGAUCAUGGUCUUGGUAGAUUUGUUGACAACCUUUCUUUUCGUCUUCAUCAUAUGCAAUAUCCCACUGAUAGGUCCACACGUAGUAACUCCAGUAAUCCAUCACACUUCACCAGUGGCACGGUAGAAACAAAGAGACCCCGUGCUUUGAUGGAGUCAUUGGCUUCUCAGUCUCAAAUAGCAUCGAAGAAAUCACGGUUGGAAUCACGCUCUUCAUGCCCACCCUCUAAGGUUAGGAAAGAAAAAUUAGGAGAUAGGAUUGCGGCUCUUCAGCAGUUGGUGGCUCCUUUUGGCAAGAUGGACACGGCAUCCGUACUCAUGGAAGCUAUUGGAUACAUUAAAUUCCUUCAAGGCCAAGUCGAGACACUAAGCGUUCCAUACAUGAAGUCAUCGCAGAACCAGACCAACAGAAUGAUGCAAGGGGGUUCAACCAUAGACGAUGCAAAUAAAGAACCAAAGCAAGAUCUUAGAAGUCGAGGUCUCUGUCUCGUGCCAUUGUCGUAUGGUGUGGCAACAGCCAAAUUAAAUGGAGCAAACUUAAUAUAG